AUGUUAUCCUCCCGGCGGUUCAGCCUCCUCGUUAUACUUAUCACCCUCGUCACCGCCGCUGCCCCGAAUCCCCUCCCCAACAACACCAGCCCCCCUUACAACCUCAGCACCCCCCUCAUCAUUGAUACCUUUACCAACCCCCAGCACAAUGCCCUGGGCUUCUGGCACGGCGGCCUAGAGGGUCUCACCAUGGAGUAUGGCCACAACUACGUCCACCUGUACCCCAAAGACCCCGACCACAACUACAACACCCAGCUCUCGCCCGCCACUUGCUUCAACCUGCUCCCCUACCGAACCACUCACUACUUGCAUGUCCACUUCAAUGGCAGUACCAAAUUCAGCGUCUCGCUCUCGCAAAACAACGUCCAUUGUGACUCCUUCCGCAGUCCCUUCCCGGAAACGUGGGACUCGGUCGAAGCCUCCCGCUAUGCGCGCGGCAACGACAUUUACAUCCCCCUCUGGCACUUUUACGUGGACCACUCUCGGGCUGUCUCGGUGUCGUUCAAUGGGUUCUAUUCGUCGGAGCCGGUGACGCUGCACCGGGUUGAGAUCGUCAGUGCCAGCAGUGUACCCCGGGGGUUUCCGGUUCCCCCCCGCGUGGACAAUGGGCGGGUGCUGUUGAGAUGCUCUCGGCCUGGGGCAUUUGCGUUUGGGAUCGACGAUGGACAGCCACGAUUUGCACAGGAUGUGAUGCAGAUUCUGGAGGAGGAGCAGGUUCUGGUGACGUUCUUUGUGGUCGGGAUGGGAUUGAGGGACUUGGAGACCAACUUCUCCAACGUGUACGGAGAGAUGCUGAGGAGGGGGCACCAGGUGGCGCUCCACUCGGAUACGCAUCGCAAGCUAGAAGGGUUGGAGUCCGUUGAGGCCAUUGACCAGGAGAUUGUGGAGAAUAUCAAGUCUUUCCGACAAAUUCUAGGCAUUGAGACUCGUUACUUCCGUCCUCCGUACGGCACCCUCGGGGCGAGGACGCGUCAACGACUGGCCAACUACAUCAAAGACCCCCAGAUCAUCAACUGGAGCGUGGACAUUGAAGACUGGCUGUGGGCGGAUUCAAAAACGCCCGAGAAGCAGCGCGAGGCCUUUGUUCGCGACGUGACACGGGGGGGCAAUCUGGCAGUGAUGCAUUUCCUCAGUCCGACGACGGUUCAUUUAUUCCGGGAGGUGAUCCGAUUUGUGAAGAGCAUGAAUGCGACGAUUAUGCGGAUUGACCAAUGCCUGGAGGAUCCCCAAAGUCCCCCUCUGAAGCUUCCCCAGUCUUGA